AUGUGUGAGUUUCAGGAACUGAUUGCUGAGUGUGAACUUACAGAUCCUGGAUGUAUUGGACCGAGAUUCACGUGGUGGAACAACAGAGAAGAAAAGAUCCUAUUGGUGAAUGGUGCAUGGAAUAGCGAAUUCACCCAAUCUUAUGCUUCCUUUGAAGCAAAUGGAAUCUCAGACCAUAUAAGGAGUUGGAUAAAGAUUGAAGAUGUCAUAGUUGAGAAACGAAGGCAUUUUCAAUUCUUUAACUAUUUGGCUGAUCACCCUCAAUUUAAAGAUGUUGUCUCGCAAUAUUGGGAAGGGACAGAGGCUUUGUUUCACUCUCGUUCAGCUCUGCGUCGCUUACAUAAAAAAAAACUAAAGGGGUUAACAAAACAAUUGCUCCGGGCUUUAAAUAGAGAGAGGUAUGGAGACAUAACUCGUAGAACCAAAAUUGCGUUUGAUGUUUUAUGUGAAAGGCAGAAACAAGCUCUGCACGAAAACGUUUUGAGGCUGAAGCGGCAUCAAUGA